AUGACGGACUUCCUCUGGAGAAACCACAGCUCUCUUACUGCGUUUCUUCUUCUAGGAUUCUCUAAUAACCCAAAGAUAAAUGUUAUUCUAUUCAGUGUCUUUCUCUUCCUCUAUCUCAUCACCCUUCUAGGCAAUGGACUCAUUAUGACUUUGAUACACAGGGACUCCCACCUGCACACACCCAUGUACUUUUUCCUCAGUGUCUUAUCCAUUCUAGACAUGGGCUAUGUCACCACCACAGUACCUCAGAUGCUCAUACAUCUAGUUAGUGAGAAGAAGACCAUUUCCUAUAGUGGAUGUGUGGCCCAGAUGUACAUCUUCCUGAUGCUGGGAAUCACUGAGUCUUGGCUUUUUGCAAUCAUGGCUUAUGACAGGUAUGUGGCUAUUUGUCAUCCCCUCAGGUAUAAAGUCAUCAUGAGCCCUUUGCUGUGUGGGUUAUUGGUGGCCUUCUGUGGAUUCUGGGGUAUCAGCUGUGCCCUAAUAUACACAGUUUCUGCUAUGAUUCUUCCCUAUUGUGGCCCCAAUGAGAUCAACCACUUCUUCUGUGAAGUACCAGCUGUCUUGAAGUUGGCCUGUGCAGACACCUCUGUAAAUGACCAGGUGGACUUCAUCUUAGGUUUUAUCCUUCUUUUGGUCCCAUUGUCCCUCAUCAUCAUUGUAUACAUCAAUAUCUUUGCUGCCAUCUUGAAGAUCCGCUCAACCCAAGGGCGACUCAAGGCCUUCUCCACCUGUGCUUCCCACAUCACUGUGGUUACUAUGUUCUCUAUCCCAUGCAUGGUUAUGUAUAUGAGACCUGGCUCUGAGUCUUCCCCAGAAGAGGACAAGAAACUGGCUCUGUUCUACAAUGUCAUCUCUGCCUUCCUGAACCCCAUCAUCUACAGCCUCCGGAACAAAGAUGUGAAGAGGGCUUUCUUCAAAGUGUUAGGCUUGGGCGAAGGGUCAGAAUGAA